AUGGCGAAACCUCCAGCCGAGAAGCCGCCAAAAGAUAUGGUACAUCAAUUGGCAUUUGAUCGUGAGUCGAUCAGGAAAGAACUGCGCUCUCUGAAACUGAAAACCACCUUUAAUAUCAACCCCCGCUCCAAAUUUCAUUGUAUAACGGGGAAACCUAAUGUCCAAGAUUUAGAAAUGGACAGCAAAGAGGACCAGAAUUUAGCAAAAAUACUCUGGCGUAAUUUUUUGGAACCAAGGAUGAAAUAUACAGUGCCACAAACAGAAGCACAGGAGAUUGGCUGGAUAACUACUCCCCUGAUUGAUACAGAUCCAAAAGAUCGGAGACUGAACUUUCAUCGUCGCAGUAAUGAAAUUACAAAAUUCGUGGCACUUUCAUCAAAAACAACGUAG